GCCUAAUGAAAAAAACUCAAAAGGUCACGAGGAAGUUAAUCAUAACAUUUGAAAUAUCUAAUGUGGAGGGUGGACAGUAAGAAGAACCAGUACUUUUAUAAUAUAAUGUGAUAUCAGCUGAAGCUCUCUUCACAUCGGACACACACAGAUAUGGGGCUGUUUCAGAAGUGCUCACGACUCUCUCUGAGGUCCAGCUAUAUGUGGUCAGUCUGUCCUCAGUACAGCAUUGCAGUCACUGCCCGAGAGACCCCAGACAGGGCUCUGAUAGUGCACUGGACUCAGCAUCGUGAUGUGCACAACAGCAGACGGCUGGGAGCCAAUCCAGCCAACCCCAGUGCUGCUCCUCCACGCUUACCCUUCUCCAGGGUCACACAGGAGGAUCUGUCCUUCUUCAGAGCGCUACUGCCUGGAAGAACCAUCACUGAUCCAGACCUGCUGAAGUCCAGUAAUGUAGACUGGCUUAAGACUGUACAAGGUAGUAGUGAUGUUCUCCUGAGACCCAAAACAACAGAAGAGGUCUCUCAGAUUCUCAGGUACUGUAAUGAGCGAAAUCUGGCAGUGUGUCCGCAGGGAGGAAACACAGGUCUGGUGGGAGGAAGUGUGCCUGUGUUUGAUGAAAUCAUCCUUUCCACUUCUCUAAUGAACCAAGUCUUCGCCUUCGACAAUAUCUCAGGUAUCCUCACUUGUCAGGCAGGCUGUGUGUUGGAAAACCUGUCUCACUAUCUAGAGGAGAGAGACUUCAUCAUGCCGCUGGAUCUCGGAGCAAAGGGAAGCUGUCAUAUUGGAGGGAAUGUGUCUACUAAUGCAGGUGGUCUCAGACUUCUGCGCUAUGGCUCACUUAGAGGGACGGUUCUGGGCCUGGAAGUGGUUUUGGCAGAUGGACGUGUUUUGAACUGUCUGGCCACACUUCGCAAGGACAACACGGGUUAUGACCUCAAGCAGCUUUUCAUUGGCUCAGAAGGGACAUUAGGAGUCAUUACUGCUGUUUCCAUCCUGUGCCCCCGCAAGCCUAAAGCUGUCAAUGUAGCCUUUUUAGGGUGCUCCAGUUUCCAGCAACUACUGGAAACAUUUCAGUGUUGUAGAGGGAUGCUGGGAGAGAUCCUGUCUGCUUUUGAGUUUUUAGAUGCCUCCUGUAUGAACCUUCUGGAGAAGCAUCUGAAACUCACCAACCCCAUCACAGAAUGUCCCUUUUACAUUGUCAUUGAGACUGCUGGAUCCAACGCCACCCAUGAUGAAGAAAAGCUACAUCAAUUCCUUGAAGAAGUCAUGACAUCAUCUCUGGUCACUGACGGGACAGUUGCGACAGAGGCAACAAAAAUCAAGGCAUUGUGGUCUUUGAGGGAGAGAGUCACAGAAGCUCUGACGCAUGAAGGAUACACCUACAAAUAUGACAUCUCCCUUCCUGUGGAGAAGAUCUAUGAUUUAGUCCAAGAUAUGAGGAGGCACCUUGGAGGCAUGGCCAAGAAUGUCGUCGGCUAUGGACACGUUGGGGAUGGAAAUCUUCAUUUAAACAUCACUUCCCCCUCUAAAGACUUUGCUCUGCUGGCUGCCAUUGAGCCAUAUGUGUAUGAGUGGACGUCUCAGUGGAAAGGCAGCAUCAGUGCAGAGCAUGGGCUCGGUCUGAAGAAGAGAAACUACAUCUACUACAGUAAACCCUCAGAGGCAGUCGCUCUCAUGGGCAGCAUUAAAGCCAUGCUGGAUCCUAAAGGCAUCCUCAACCCUUACAAAACACUGCCAGACAACAUAAACUAAUGGUUUCAUGGUGAUCAGGAUUUCUAUGAAAAUUAAGGAUGUCAAUUUACCACAGUAUUAUUGAUGUAGUAUGUUUAAUGUAUUAAAUGGGCUAUAAUAGAUUCCAAGUACUUAAUUUGUACACAAUUGUGUUUUAAAGCGACACUAUGUAACCGUUGGUUGGUUACUUUAUGAAUAGUUUGUUUAUGAUCAUCUAAUCAUCAUAAAUGGGAUUAAUGAUACAAAACUCGCUUCAAAUCAAUAUUAGCUAAUGUUAAAAUGACACAAAGUUUAUACAUAACAUACAAAAUGGUUGCUAUUUAUAUCUGUUAAAGUAAAAUGGUGAAACUAAAACUUUGCAAUACUGUUUGUGGGCAACUAAAGCGAAGUAGCUGAGACUGGGGCUGUAUCCAAAAUCACCCCUAUACCUUAGGUAAUGCACUAAUUAAGGGAGCUGCCAUUUAUUUGUCUAAAACAAUAGCGGACGUUCUGAAGUGCCCUCAAUCAAUUCCACAAUGCACAGAAUAAAUGUACAAUCAAUAUACACUGUGCUUAAUUCACUGCCCUAUAGCCUACCUUCUGGAGUGACAGCUUUGAAGGGAUGAAGGGUGCAGGGGUCAAAAAGGGUUAUUUUUUGGAACACACUUCUGCAUAACGAGAAGAUCAUCAAGGUGUGCCUUGUCUCACUUUUUAUCUGCUGGUUGACUCUCACAAAUACACUGAAUGAUUGUGCAUGCACUUUAAAUGUUUUUAUUUAUUUAACUUUAGAACGACCAGAACGACACUUUAAAAUGGCGGCCAUGAUUGUUUUUUCACACUUAAGUGCCCUUCUGAGGGCAAUAUUUCCCGUUUGAAACACGCUGAUACACUCAACGAUAUGGAAGCCCGUUUCCGCCACUGAAUUAAAAUAAAAUAAUAAAGUCAGAAUUCCGAUUAAAAAACAUCAGAAUGGCCAGUUAAUUAAGAAUUCUGAGUUAUAAAGUCAGAAUUGCGUGUUAAAAAGUCGCAAUCCUGACAACUCGCACUUCUGACUUUAUAACUAAAUUUUGACUAAAUAACUCAGAAUUGCGACUUAAACAAAUGAAGACAAAAUUAUAAAGUCAGAAUUCUGAGAUAUUAUUUUAUUCAGUGGCGGGAACGGGUUUCCUUAUAAUGGUUUGAGUUCAGGCGUCGAAUUAAUUUCCGGUUUUCCGCGUCUGAACCAAUGACUGUAAAAAAUAACACGAUGGCAUCCGCAACGGAAUUUUAUCGCAAGUUUUUGAAAAUAUGUUUGUUAAAUUAACGUUUAAAUACAUGACAUACAUCAGAAUAUUUGUUUAAGUACUCGCUGUUAACCGUCUCAGAGUCUGAAUGAGAAGUUGAAAUUGUAAUCUGAGAGAUUUAUCAACCAGCAAACAACCAUCCCUUCACGUUUUCACCCACACUUUUAAGUGAACACGUUUUAUUAACAGGCAUAAUGUAAUGACUGAGACUAGGGAAUGAGUGCUGGAGGCGAUUUAGGAUACUGCAUGGGAUAGUUUGGCUGCUGUAAAAAAAUCGUUUUAUGAAUCUAGCAUAACGUUAACCAGUACAAUAAAAUUGUGAUGUACGCAAACUGAGUGAUUUAUUUCAGGUGCGACGCUUACCCCGUUUUUGCCCACAAGUCUUAUUAGGUUUGAGGUCAAGUUGUUGCUUCAAGUGACUUCAUGAUUAGUCCAAAACACAGUCUGAGAGAGUUUUUAUAACAUUCUCUCAUGAUUUCAAUUUAUAGUGUUAAGUUACAUAUAGUGUAUCUUUCAUGGUAACCCUGCUGAAAACAAAACAGCAUAGACCUGACCAGCUAGACCAGCAUAUGAGCAUCACAACAUAUGCAGUUUUUUCAUCAGGGAAAUUGUGUAAUUUCUGUACCAAAUUGAACUGUAAGCUUUUUAUUUGCUUAUACAUAUAAAAUAAUUGACUGUGGGAUAAAUUGAAAUGCUACAAAUAUUUUUUUUAGACAAGAAUAAAACCAGCAUUCUUUAAAUAAAAGCCCAGCAUGAGAUUUUAUUAAUUUUCAUAUCAUGUAAAUACACCGAAUUGUGUCUAAUAAAUCAUCAACAACAAAAAAGUUGCUAAAUCCAUUUAGACAAUAAAAGUAUAUUUUGGUUAA